AUGGUGAAACUUGAACAGUUGGAUAUCAUAACAUAUGGGUUCAAGGUUGUGACUUGCACCUAUCCACGAGGAGAGUAUUGCGUGGAAAUAAGGAAAUGUCCCUAUUUCGACGAAUUACUUAACAGAAGUCCCAAUCCCCGUACAAAAAGUGUCAUAGAUGAAAUAAAAGCAAACCAGUGCGACUUCCAAAGAAACUGGCCCUAUGUCUGCUGUAGGACGAGAAAAACUGUUCCCACAGUUCAACCGACAAUGGAAAUCGGACAAGAAAAAGUUUCAUCAUAUAGGUUUUCAGGAUCAAUAAUAUCUCAUCGAAAUUAUCAUUUGCUUCCUCAAAGUACCUGUGGAGCAACAAUGAUUAGUGGACGGAUAACAAAUGGAAUGGAAACUGUUAUAAAUGAAUUUCCUUGGAUGGCACUGAUUGUCUAUAAGUUAGAUGAAGAAAAAGGUGUAUCCUUCAAAUGUGCAGGAACAGUCAUCAAUGAGCGUUUUGUUUUGACAGCUGCUCACUGCAUAUCGAAUACUACAAUGAUAGGAGUGAGAUUAGGCGAAUAUGAUUUGGACAAGAACGAGGAUUGCGAUCCCGAUGCGAAGUAUUGUGCUCCUCCUCAGGACUUCUUAAUUGACUUUUGGGUGAUUCAUCCCCACUAUAAGAAACAGUUUUAUUUGAAUGACAUAGCCUUGAUCAAACUAGAUCGUCCAGCCAACUUCAGCUGUG